AUGACGUGGAGGAUCCGCCUGAUGCUACUCCAGCUCAGUAUCGUGCUGCAAUUGAUACUGGGGAUUCUGCAGCCGAUGCUUUGGGUAUUGUGGUUGAUGCUACUAGAAAGAAGAGAAGAGAGCCGGCGUGGGGGCAGGCACGUAGAAAUAAUUGUUGCACAGGUGGCGCAACUGUUGAAUAGGGAGGACCAAGUUGUAACCGACAAACUAGUUGGAUUUGAUCUUCAUGUUCAAGAUAUGAUGAGAAAGCUUGGUGUAGCCUAUAGCGAGGGACAAGCGGUCAAAGUACGAGGAGAAGAGGUACGCGUUGUCGGAAUAUGGGGUGCGCCAGGUACCGGAAAGACAACACUUGCACGGAUUGUCUUCUACAAGAUACAUAAGUUGUUUGAUGCAUGUAGCUUCAUUGAUAUUGGGUGGGAAGCAGUCCAGUUUUCAAGAGAGACUUUGAUUGCUAACCUUCAAACACAAAUAUCUGCACCACUCGGAUCUCCCAGUGGAAAGAUUGAAGAAAUAGCAAGUCUUCGUAAUGUGAAGGUUCUCAUUGUGCUUAACAAUGUGGAUAUGCAUGAACAAAUUAAAACAUUAGUUGGGAAGCUUACUUGGUUUGGUCCCGAAAGUAGAAUCAUUGUGACGACAAACAAUAGAGAGGUUUUAAAGGCUAUCGAAGUUGGAGCAGAUGAUUGUGGGACAGUUGAAGAGUAUGAGGUUAAAUCAAUGGAUCGUGGUGCUCCGUGUCCUGCCGGUGAUGCUCUGGCUCCCACUGGAAAGAAGGGAAGAAAUGCGGUAUCAUCUUCAACCCCAUCAUCAUUAUCGGGAGUCAAAUAUGAAGUAUUCUUGAAUUUUAGAGGCACAGAUACUCGCACAACAAUCACGGAUCGCCUUUUCAGAUCAUUGGUAGAUGUGGGGAUCUCGGUCUUCAAUGAAGACAAAGAACUCCAUGUCGAAAAAGAGAUGGGGCCAGGGUUAAAAGAGGCAAUCAAGCAGUCGAGAAUCUCAAUAGCCCUCUUCUCCAAAGAUUAUGCAUCCAGUGAAUGGUGCCUCAUGGAGCUGUCCCUCCGAUGUAAGACACCAGGCUGGGUGUUUUGGAGAGGCCUUCAGUCUACACGAGAAAAGAGUCGACUCAGAAACCAUCAAAAAUGGAGGGAGGUUCUUGGAGACAUCGCGGAAUUACCCGGAUAUAGUGGGAAACUAUAUGAGGGGUACGAGGACCAGCUCGCCGAAGAAGUUGUUUUGCGUGUUGCACGGAUUUUGAGGGAUGAUGGCCUAGCUGUAACUGGCAAACUGGUUGGAAUUGAUCUUCAUGUUCAAGAGAUGAUGAGAAAGCUUGGUGUUGCACACAGCGAGGGUCGAGAAACUGAAGUACAUGGAGAAGACGUGCACGUCAUUGGAAUAUGUGGUAUGUCGGGUGUCGGAAAGACUACACUUGCGAAGGUUAUCUAUAAUGAGGUGCAUACAUUGUUUGAAGCAUAUAGCUUCCUUGAAGGUAUUAGUGCGAAAGGAGUCCGGGUUUCACAACAAUUGUUGAUUGCUGACCUUCUAAACCUAGAACCUGUGCCACUUCAAUCUGUCGACGAAGGGAUUAAAAAAAUAGAACGUCUAUUUAGAAAUAAAAAGGUUCUCAUUGUACUUGACGAUGUGGAUGAGGAUGAACAAAUUAAAGCGUUAGCUGGGAAGCCUACAUGGUUUGGUUCUGGAAGUAGAAUCAUUGUGACAAUGAACAAUAAAAAAGUUUUAAGUGCUUUCGACGUUGGAGCAGAUGGUCGUGGGACAGUUGAAGAACACAAGAUUGAACCAAUGAGUGAUUACCAUGCACUACAACUCUUUCUUUAUCACGCUUUUCAAGGAAAUGCUCCCGAAGAAGUAUCUGAGAAUGACUCCUUGUCCAACGAUAUUGUCAAAGCUAUUGGAGGGGUUCCUAAGGAUAUUGUGCAUCAUGCUUCAAAUUUAGGCCGCAAUAUGGGUAUAGAUAGCUGGAGAAGUACUCUGGAACUAUUGCAAGAACGUGGGAGGACGGGCGGGCUGCCCAAGUUGGUUAUGCAGGAGGAUCGGAGCUUGGAAAUUCCUUUGAAGACAAGCAAACGGAUUAUAACUGGAGAUAUGGAUUAGAUUUCAGCCCAUUGAAGGAGCAUCGUGAUCCAACGGAUCCAAUGAGGAGGAAGAGGCCCAGCACUUUUGGAGGUGUGAAUUUUAAGUUUUUGUGUGUUUUGAAUUUCCUACGUCUUUAAUGCGUCUAGUUUCCAUUUGUUUUAAAUUUCCUGUAACUUUAAUAUUUCCUAGUUACCCCUAUAUAUGUGUGGCACAUUCUCCGGUGUAAAAAUUCAGACUUGAGUUUGAUAAUAUACUAUUUUUUUUUCA